AAUAAUUUGGGAUAUUUUCCUGCAAUUUUUUUUUUCUUAAAAUUUGUUUUGAUUUAAUUUUAAUUCACGAGUCUGGCAAUUAUUAGAAUGACUAUGGACGGGAUAAAAAGACGUCUAAACGUCCCGAAUAUUUUAAAUCUAUUUUAAUAUAUUAAUAUUAAUAUAUUAUUAUGUACAAAGACUGUCGUUUUACGUUUUCUACAGUACUUAUGUGUUCUACCUAUACCCGUACUUUUUAAUUUAAUUUUAAAAAUAUUAUGUUACUUGCCUGUUAUUGUUACGCUUUUAAAAUUAAUUUCAAAAAUAAACGUACAACUAAAGCACGAGCGUCAUUAAUACAUUAUUAUAAUUAUUUGUUGAAGAGUUAUCCAUUAUUAUGCAUUGCGAGUACAAUAUUAUUGUGUUUUAAUUACCAAUACCACUAAAACACCGAAUUAUUGUUUAUUCAUUUACAAAAUGCCAAUUUUUAAACAACGUAAUUACGGCAUAAUUUAGUAUAUUAUGUUUUAAUACUUGACAAUUGUUGUAUUUACAUGAUUACCAUAUAAUUUUAAUUGUUAAACAUUGAAGUUGAUAUAUUAAUUUGAUUUAUAUUAACGCCAUUUUACAAAAUAUCAUGUUUAUAUCGAAACAACAGAGAAAGGCAAAACAUCUCCAUAACAUUUGCCAAACACUUUUAAAUCGUUUUAUAUUAUAUAUUAUAUUGAAUUCACAACAGACACGUUCGGUGGUAGAUAUGUGAUAUAAAUCACGUUUACCUUCGUACUGAUGAGUAUUUACUUUAAUAUUAUUGUUUCGAAAAAAAAAUAUUUUAAUCAAAUGGAAUAUUUGGGCUUAUGUUUUUAAUCAAGUCUAUUGCUCAAAUAGAGCACCAAGAAUCGUAUUUAUGUUCGAAUAAAUAAUAAUAUUAUUAUUAGUUAUUGUUGUUAAAUGCUGUAAUAUUUGUAAUAUGUUAUUAUUAUUUGUUUUUCUUACGACGAUUUAUAUUUUGUUCUAUAUAAUAUCGGCGAGAACGAAUAUGAUAUCAUGCUUGUGCAUCUUAAAUAGCUACCAUAGACAAUUUUAUUAUCAAUUGUUAAAGGAGUGCCUUUUUCGUGUACGUGUAUGACAUAUUAUAUUAUAGUUGUUAAAAUGUUAAAUGGAUACAAACAAAACUUAAAUCCAUAGGCAUUAAAACUAAACUAAUGAAUAUUUGUUUGAAACAUAUAUAAAUCGUAAUAUUUGGUAUCCUUAUUAUUACUACCUACUAUAUCAAUAAAAAACAAAUAAAUAUUUCGUAGCAAUAUUUAUACAUUAUAACGAUUAACGACGGUUUCUUUUAUAUAGAUCGUUUUAACACUUUUAAAUCUCCCCAAAAUUAAUUAAUUUUAAAAGAACAAAAAUUUGUAAACCGUUUAAUAUUUUUUUUUCGUACCUGUAUUGUAUUGUAUUUGUUUAGUAUUGUGUUUUAUUAAAAAACCAAAACCAAAAUGUUGUUAUUAAUUUUUAUACGGUUUUUACAUAAUCAUUUCCUAUAUCAUUAUAAUUACCUAACUAUGUUUAUGUAACAAGUCGCUUAUGCCACCUAAAAAAUAAAUAUACUUAGUUGAUUUAAUCAAAUUUAUAGUUAGUUCUGUUAAUGAUAAUUUUAUAUUAGGCAAGUAUUUUGCACAAUAUGGGACAGCUAUAUAAGCAUUUUGUUACAAAUACUAAAUAAUUGUACAUAUAUUAUAUUUAUCAGGGGUGAGCAGUAUCUAAGAUACGUAUCUUAGAUACAUUUGUGUUUUAUAUCUUUUGAAAUUAAUUAAAUGUAUUUAGUAUUUAAAGUAUUUUGUAUCUACUAACUAGAUACUUUUUUGAAUCACCGACAAAAUAUCGCCAGUGAAAUAUCGCGUGACCAAAAUAUCGCUAAUAUGAAAUAUAGCAUUAAUGUAUCCGAGAAUAAGCUACAAGAUUCCAUUGUCGAUUUAGAAGUCAUUACUUUUUUCAAUAACGAGAACAGAUCUUUAUAUAUGCUAAGAUAGUUAUUCUAUUGUAAAAAAAAGAUAUUUAUUCAUUAUAACGUCAUAACACCACAGGUUUGUGUUCAUCUGCGCAAGCUGGACGAAUGUUCUCUUCUGCUGGCUCCAUAUUGUUGAUUUUAUACCAUAUGUUUGCUGUGUGGUUAGGUGCUUUCAUUAAAUUAUUUUUUACUAUUAAUACAGCAGCUGUUUUAUAGAACAAUAUUUUUUGUUAAUACACUGAAUUUAAUGUAGGUAAUUCGAUAAUUAAGUAUUUAUCAGUAUGAUCAAUAAUAUCAAAAGCUUGAUAUUAUUUUCCUUUGGCAAUUUAAUAUAUUUUAUUGUUUUUCGUAGUACCUGUGUAUUUUACUGUCAUGGACACGGAAAAAUUAAAAACACUUUUGCAUUUUUAAAAAUACGAUGUGUUCUAAUGGGGUGGAAUAAGUUUCAACGGCCAAGAUUCUGUUUUUGGUUAUUCAUCUUUGUAACGUUAUUAUCAUGCUUCAUAGUCAUGUUUAUCUACAUUUCAAAUUACGGAAAUUCAUACGAUCACCGUAUGGUGACAACGAAUACGAAGACAGAAAUGGAAAUACUCAUGGAACAAAUAACUAGAUUGUAUGAACUAAAAGACAAGGAUAUCCAAGAACUAACCAAAUGUUUUGGUCUGGCUCUGAACAUUUCCGUCCCUGAAGACAAAGACUCAUUAAUGGUCACUUAUAAGUCUGUAGACAUGGUCAGUCCACCAAUGCCACAUUUCGAUUUUUUUACUUUCUUACCACACUUGUCACCACACCAGGAUUCUUUGAGGCCGAUUGUAUUACAUUCCAGAGGCAGAAAUGCAGUGUCUAUAGUGUUUGGAAUUCCUACUGUUCGUCAAAAACAGAAUUAUUUGAUACAGACAUUGAUUAGCCUCGUAAACAACAUGAAUCAAACUGAGCAGGAUGACUCAUUAAUAGUAGUGAUGAUUGCUGAAGUCGAUUUGGAAUAUGCGCGAAAUGUUUCUGUGGAAAUCAAAAAUCGUAUACCGGAUGCUGUGGGCUCGGGCCUAGUGGAAGUAAUUGCUCCGACCCCGGGUUAUUAUCCAGAUUUCAGUAAGCUUCGCAUCACGCUCGGUGAUUCCGAAGACCGGGUCCGAUGGAGGAGCAAACAAAAUUUGGAUUUUGCUUUCUUAAUGAUGUACUGUCAACCAAAAGGAUCGUUUUAUGUUCAACUCGAAGACGACUUAGUCGCAAGGCCGCAAUACCAAGCUUUAAUGAAAAAAACGGCUUUGCAAAGCAUAGCCGACGGAAAAGAAUGGUUCAUAUUAGACUUUGGUGGACUUGGUUUUAUCGGUAAAAUGAUAAAAUGUUCCGAUUUACCGUGGCUAAUUCAAUUCAUGGUGAUGUUUUAUAACGACAAACCAGGGGAUUGGCUACUGGACGGAUUUGUGAAUACAAAAGUUUGUCAUCUUGAAGAAGAUCAAGACGAUUGUAUACAACAAAAAGCAGCUAUAUGGGUGAGAAAUAGUGAAGCUUUUUUUCAGCAUAUGGGAACCUGGUCAUCUUUAGAUGGUAAAAAGCAACUUGAUAAGGCCUAUAAUUUUAAUAAAACAAAAAAAGCAUUACCUUAAACGAAAUACAGGUUAUACGAAGCAGAAAAUCAAAAGAAUCUUAAAACGACGAUGAAAUUAAAAUAACAAAAUUUAUCGUAUGUUUCUACUCGAGUGGAAUAAUUUAGUUGUUUACUAUUUAGUAAUAUGUAAGAAAAGAUAUUAUUUUCUAUGAAAGUUUAAAUUUAUAAACACUGCUGUUAGUUUAAUUUAUUAUGUAUAAGCAUGAAGUAAAUUUAUUGUUUUCAUAUCUACUUAAUCAUUAAAAAUAUUGACAUAAUUAAUGGUUAUUUUGAUAUAAUUGAAAAGUAUUUUUUUUUUCAGAAAUGUUUGUUACUUAUGCAAAAUAUACAAUUGUGUACCUAU